AGGCUGUUGCUUGUUCUGUCAGAGGUGAACUAUAAAUACACGCAUGCUUCUGCGUUUCCCUAUCUCUCACUCUGUAAGAGGAAAUGGGCUUGUUUUCAUGUGAUUAGCAGGCAGAGGAACUUGUGAAAGUGACACAGCUGUACUGUAAAAAUGCCAGCCCACAGACUUUGCUGCCAGAAGAACUUGACUGCCAGCGCUGAUAGACCGGAGAACGGGAUUGCCUGAGACAUGGAGCGAGAACCGAUGCGUAUAAGGGAGGGGUACUUGGUUAAGAAGUGAUUUAUUGCAGCAGGGCAGCAUGUUUAACACCUGGAAGCCGAUGUGGGUCGUGCUGUUAGAAGAUGGAAUUGAAUUCUACAAGCGGAAGGCUGACAAUAGCCCCAAAGGGAUGGUCCCACUAAAGGGAAGCUCUGUUAACAGCCCAUGCCAAGAUUUUGGCAAAAGAAUGUUUGUCUUCAAGCUCACCGCAGCCAAGCAGCAGGACCACUUUUUUCAAGCUGCCUACCUGGAGGAGAGAGAUGCCUGGGUACGAGAUAUCAAGAGAGCAAUUCAUUGCAUAGAUGGAGGCCAGCGGUUUGCCAGAAAAUCCACAAGAAAAUCUAUCAGACUGCCUGAGACAAUCAAUUUGAGUGCUUUGUACCUCUCAAUGAAAGAUCCUGAAAAGGGAAUAAAAGAGUUGAAGCUGGAAAAAGACAAAAAAGUGUACAAUCACUGCUUUACCGGCACUACUGUGAUUGACUGGCUGGUGUCUAGUAACUCCAUCCGAAAUCGCAAAGAAGGUCUCAUGCUUGCCUCUUCCCUCUUGAGUGAAGGCUACCUACAGCCUGCAGAGGAUACAUCCAAGGCUGCUGCUGAGGGACUGUCAGACACCCCUUUCUUAGAUCUCAGCGAUGCCUACUAUUACUUUCCAGACAGCGGGUUUUUCUGUGAUGGAAAUUCUAGUGAUGAUGAUGUGGUCCUGAAAGAAGAAUUCAGAGGCAUAGUAGUCAAACAAGGAUGUUUGCUGAAACAGGGACAUCGGAGGAAGAACUGGAAAGUGAGAAAGUUUGUUUUAAGAGAGGACCCUGCAUAUCUUCACUACUAUGACCCAGCUGGAGGAGAAGAACCACUGGGAGCCAUUCACUUGAGAGGCUGUGUGGUGACAGCAGUGGAAGAUAUGCCUGACUCCAAGAAGCAUGAUGUUGACAAUAUCCUCUUUGAAAUUAUCACAGCAAAUGAUAUCCACUAUUACUUGCAAGCAGCCUCAUCCACAGAGCGUACAGAGUGGAUCAAAGCAAUUCAGGCAGUUUCUAGGACUGGAAAAUGAAGAUGAGCUGCCAAGAAGACAGACAACUGAAAUUAAUAACUUAAAACAGAAAUUUCACUGAAAGAAAGCAAUAUCAUCCCAAAAGGCAUCCUACGGCUUGUGGGCUGGGGUGAGGGUGGGCAGUAGGGUAAGAUACUACAAUGCUAUAGUGGGCACUAACAAAGUGUCAUUUUUCCACUUGUGUUAAGGUAAUAUUUUACUGAAUUGUAGCAUAGAACAUGCCAUAGUAGUGUGUGCUGCUUAGAGUAAUCAGUCCUCCUUGGGAAGGUGGUACCUUAUACCUUUUUGUGCUGCCACAGCUGGUAGUGAGGAUUUCACGAUUAACAGGGGACAGAGUCACGUCACUGUGAGAAGCUGAACUUGUCACCACCCAGCCUUUGCUGCAUUUCAGUAUCUUGAGAUAUUUCAAAGUCUUCCCAAGACAAACUUUACACUUCCUUCUUUGCUAGAUCUUUUUACUGCUUGUUCACCUAUGCAAAUGAUGCCAUAGAUUUAGAGAAGGAAAUCAACUCACUUGGAAACCUGCUCCACUCCUUUAUAAUCCAUCAGUAUUAAGGAAAGGAAGAAUGAAGACAAUUAUAGAAACACCUUGUAGAAAGCAAGUACAACUUGAUAUGAUGAUGGCUGCAUGAGGAAAAGUUUCUUUCCACAGUAUUUCAAAUAUGAAGCAAUCUCAGUUCGAGUUCUUUAUCUCACCUGAUUUUGACCUUUGCUAAAUUUCUCCACAAGAAUCUGCUCUAGGACCAUUGUUUCCCUUCAUUUAGAUCCCCAAAGCAUUUAGUAGGAUGUCAGGUACUGCUGAUUUGACCUGUAUUUGAAUUAAAUAGAAAGGAGAAAAGAAAGGAUCCAUGAGUUACCUACUCGAACUACUGAUUGAAGUGGGUUUGUUCAGGUUUUUCUUUUUUAACCUCCAGCAACAUACUCAGUCCUUGUUUCUGUGCCUUAGUAGUAUAAGAGAAACCUUAUGCUUGCUGUAACUAAAAUAAAUGUUAUUUGACAAGAUCAGUUUACCUGAUCAAUCCUUCUGGCUGUAUGAAGCUUCUAAGUCUAAUUUUAUGCAGGAGUUGAAAUUAAAGUUAAUGUCAUAUUCUGCACGUAGGCUGUUCCUGAUGCAGCCUGAUGCUUCUGAGUGCAAGUAAACUUCAAAAGUUUUAAAACUC